AUGAACCCAACAGAACACCAUCUGAUGGAUUACUCACUAAUGAAGGAUAAGCAGAUCCACAGAGGAGAGACGCUCAAUUCGUAUGUAAAUAACAUCGAUGACCACAACUCCAAAAGGAGAAUGCAACCCCGAGUAGGGAAACUCAAGCUCAGGAUCAACAGGGAUGAUAAAAAAACGAUAAGAGAUACUCUCACCCCACAGGUGGUUAAAGUUAUGAAGGAGUACCUACUGAAGGGGAGAAAAAAAUAUCGAAAUGGCCAAAUGGAUCAUUUGGGGGGUAUAUCCUCAGACCAGCUAGACAGAAGAGAUGGUACGGGAUGGGGGAGCAGCUGGAGUGGAAGUAGCAAAGUGAAUCGUGUGUUGAGGUUCUUUCCAGCGAACUUCGCACCCCACUCGGGAGACAACCAACGGGGAGCAGCCAAGAGGUCCAUCAUAAAUGAAAAGCUGCACCGAAAUUUGAAGCAAAUAACGCUGGGCGCAGCUGGCAGCGGAGACGCAGAUGGGGAACGUGCCGAGGAUGCCAAGAAGGGUGCCAAGGAUGCGAAGGACGCCAAGGAUAUCAAGGACGCCAGGGAUGCCAAGAACAAUGCCGAGGCAGGUGCGCUACACAACAUAUACAGAGGUGUCGUCAAGCUGUAUGUAGACAUCACUGAGCCGAGCCUUGAAAUGAUAUGGAGUAACAGUCCCCCCAAGCGCGUCACCGGUUCCGGGUUUGUCAUCGAGGGGGAUCUCAUCCUGACGAACGCGCACAACGUGGCGUACAGCACGAGGAUCCUAGUGAGGAAGCACGGGAGCUCCAAAAAGUACGAGGCCACCGUUUUGCACGUCGCGCAUGAAGCCGACAUAGCCAUCCUGACCGUCUCAGACAGGAGUUUCUACCAGGACGUGAGUGCCCUGGAGCUGGGCCCUCUGCCCUCCCUGCGGGACGACGUCAUAACGGUCGGUUACCCCUCGGGGGGGGACAAGCUCAGCGUCACCAAGGGCAUCGUAAGCCGGAUAGAGGUCCAGUACUACAAGCACUCCAACGAGAGACUCCUCCUGACACAGAUAGACGCACCGAUGAACCCAGGGAACAGCGGCGGACCAGCAUUGGUAAAAGGAAAGGUGGCAGGAAUUUGCUCUCAACUACUGAAGACGGCGAACAAUACCUCAUAUAUCAUUCCCACCCCGGUGAUUAAGCAUUUCCUGCUGGAUCUUCACAAAUCGGGUAAGUACAAUGGGUAUCCAUCCUUGGGGGUUAAGUAUGUUCCCCUUGAUAAUGCGAACCUACGACGACUCGUGGGACUUACCGACUUGGAGAAAGGGAAAGCAGUGGAGGAGAACAGCGGUAUUCUCGUUACUGAGGUGGACGAGGAGCAGAUGCGGUAUCAGCCAGCCGAUGUGGACUACUGUGCUUACGCCGAGGGGGCAACCCAGGCAGAGGUGAGCACAGGGCAGGCAUCUUCAACAGGGGCACAUGCACUUGCAACGGGGGUGGACCCCUUUCCGAGAAGGCCCCCCACAGAUGCACACUGCUACGGACUGAAAAAAAACGAUGUGAUUAUAUCAAUAGAUGGAACACAAAUAAAAAGCGAUGGAACGGCGACCCUACGAGGAGACGAGUCUGUAGACUUCCAGUUUUUGCUGAACGAAAAAUAUGUGCAGGACCUAUGUACUUGUAGAGUUGUAAGAAAGGGACGUAUCAAAUCAGUCGUGGUUAGAGUGAGUAGGGUUAACUACCUAGUAAGGCAACACAACAGGGACGUUCGAAACAAAUUUUUCAUUUAUGGGGGGGUCAUUUUCACCACACUGACUAGGAGUCUCUACCCUGAUGAGGACACGGACAACGUCGAAUUGCUACGUCUACUGCAGUUUAAUUUGUUCAAGAAAAGAAGAGGUGACGAAAUCGUUAUCGUGAAGCGUAUCCUUCCGUCUAAGCUAACCAUCGGGUUUAACUACACAGACUGCAUCGUCCUCACAGUGAAUGGCAUACCUGUUCGGAGCUUGCAGCACCUUGUGGAGGUUAUUGACAAACGGGACGGCCCCGCUGGGGGGGAGGCGGCGAACAUGGCGAAUGCGGCGAACAUGGCGAAUGCGGCGAACACGGCGAACACGGCGAGCACGGCGAACACGAAAGAGGUGCCCUCCACCUCGGGGAAUGCCAAUCCGUACCUCAUGUCCACCUUAGAAAAUGAUCCUUUUUUGCACGUGCAGGAGAAGGAUAACCUUCUGCACUUUCUCCUUCUCACUUCGAAUGGGCAGCAGGUGCCACUUGUUUUACUCCGCAACGAGGUCCAACAGGAGUCCGCCGAAAUUAAGCGAGUCUAUGGUAUCACUCGUGAGCGCUACUUGUACAAUGGGUAG